AUGACAGAGAUAAAGGCUACGACUGCUACUGAGACUGGUGAUUGCUGCUGUCUGUAUGAAUUUCCGAAUGAAAAGAAUAUUCUAGUUGUUGGGUACCGUGAAUGGCUUAUUGAUCUUAAAACAGAUGGAGAUUUAGAAGAAGCUAUCAAGAAGGGAACAUCGAUAAAAGUGAAGUGGCCAAAAUGCGAAGUAUUGCCACCCCCUCGAAAACUGGCAAAAAAAGAUGUUCAAUGGACAACAGAGAUUUGUGUAGUGAAGUCUUUUGGAGAUUUCAAAAAAAUGAGAGAGCAUAAGAAAAAUCUCGAAAAACAUGGAGUUUUGGAUGUAGAUCGAAAUGGGCUGAAAAGAAAAACAUCUGUGAACAGUGUCGAAACUAUACCAGAAAAACGAAAAACUGGCGAUCGGACGACAGCAACAGAAAAACGUAAUAAAACUGCUGAUUUACAUACGACAGAAAAACCGAAUACAAGUAAUAAAAGUGCUGCUAGCAGUUCACAGCAGAAAUUAAUGAGUGAAAUUGUACACAAAAAACAAAAUAAAACACAACCAAAUAAGGAUGAUGAAGCAAGAAAAGCAAAUUACGAACGUGUUUUUAAGAAAAAAAAAGAAGAUCCCAGAUAUUACAGCUCGUCGUCGUCUGAAGAUGAUCCUACUUCCAGAAAUAUCAAAAGAGAUAUAUUGAAGGCUGAGAAUAAGGAAUUGAAAAAAGAAAAUUUUCGACUGAAAAGUAUGCUGAAAUUAACUGAAGAUCUUCCAAAUGUUAACAACCAACUACAAGCAACUCUGGAUCUCAGCACUCAGAUUCUCAGAAACAUGAAGAAAAUUGAGAGUUAUUCGAAAGUUGUCAUCCCUUCUGCGGAUAUUGUUAAAUCCAUUCCCUCCUCAAAUAUUUCCAAAGGACUUCCCUCUUCAGACUUGAAGAUUCCUAAAGAUACUCCUUCCACAGCUACUUCUAAUGUCACCCCCUCAUCAACUAAGAAAGACAUUUUCCAUGAUGCUCAUGCGAGUGUAGCUCAUUCUGGAACUCCGCCAAUUCAUCCAGAUGUUAGCCAUGCUAUGAAGAGCUUGCCUACAGAUCAUAGUCAUGGAUAUGACUUUUCAAGUUGCAAUCAUACGAGAGCAUCUAAGCUCAUAAAUGACUGUAUGGUAAAAAUCUGGGGUAAUGCUACAUUGGCCCAGUCUACCAGGACUGGAUCAGGAGUUAAAACCUAUGCUGGUGUACAAGUGUCAUCAGAAAAACAAAAGUUGGAUGACGAAAAAUUGCAAAUUUUGAAAGAUUACGUUUAUUCAGUUUUUCCAGACACAUCCAUAGAUACGUUCAACAACACUGUCUCCAUUAAAUGCAGCAACGAGGCAAAAAAGAGGAAGACAGCUGAGUUGGAGGCUGCAGCAAUCAGUGCUGCCGCCGCCAUAGCAGCAGCAGCAGCAGCAGCAGCAGCAGCAGCAACAACAACAACAACAACAACAACAGUAUCAACAGCAAUAAUAACUACAACAGCAUUAACAACAACAACAGCAGCAGCAGAAACAACAACAACAGCUACAGCUACACCAGCACUCUUUGCAGAAAAGGAAAACACAAUUGAGACUGGUGCUUCGGAUGAAGAUGAAGAAGAAAAAAUUGAUUUGCGUUGAGAACUUUUAAAGUUGUGAUUAGCUAUUGUGCAACUUUCAUGAUUAUCUAAUACAUUUACGUUGUUCUUUUCAUGUA